CAUCAUUGGUAUCAGUGGGGAGGAAUAGUGCCCCAUCAUUGGUAUCAGUGGGGGGGAAUAGGAAUAGUGCCCCAUCAUUGGUGUCAGUGGGAGGAAUGGUGCCCCAUCAUUGGUGUCAGUGAGGGGUGGAAUAGUGCCCCAUCAUUGGUGUCAGUGGGGGGUGGAAUAGUGCCCCAUCGUUCCAGGUGUCAGUGGGGGGGGGAAUAGUGCCCCAUCGUUGGUGUCAGUGGGGGGGAGAGAAUAGUGCCCCAUCGUUGGUGGUGUCGUGGGAGGAAUAGUGCCCCAU